CUAUCUUAUACAGGUUUGGUUGAUAGAUUGAUCUUCUAGAUUAAGAGCAACGCGUUCAAAUGUCUUCCAAACUCAAAUCUGUCUUUGCUAUAUCGCUAUGGAGUUUUAAUCUCUUUUAGCUCGACAUUGGAAACCGUGUUUUAUUUGAUCAAUUCUAGAAAGUUGUUCACAAUUUUUGCGUUUAAUUUGGGUCGUCAGAUUCGCUUUAUGUGUAACAACUUUUGCUAUCAAAACCUCAUUUUGUACCAAUCUACAUUGAGUUUUUGAUGUGGCUAACAUUGAGUUUUUGAUGUAGAUAGAUGGUUCAAAAUUUUUUGAAGCUGAUUAAACGCUUCAAAAAUUGUAUUUGAUGUUUUUUAAUAAAUCUUGAGUGAUUGGUCAAUAUUAUUUUGUUAUCAGUUUUGAUUUCGGAGACCAAAUAUUAUUAGCAGAUCUGAAAGAAAAAGCAACGCAUAACACACUAGUGGACAGAAAACUGUGCUUGUUUGAGGCGGAUGAUUGUUAUUUCAAAAAUGACUGAAGAAAAUCAAGAAGAAAAAAUUACAAGUACUCCGAAUGCUGAAAUAUUAUCAAGCAAAGCAGAAAAACUAGAAACAUAUAUCGCAAACGAAAACAACGAACAGGACGAAUUGCCAAUCAGCAGAAAUAACGUGGUGAAAAUAUUAAGUAAUGGCCUGGAUUCGAAACUAAGACCACAGGAUUAUGACAACGUCAAUUUGGAAGCUGGCAGGAAUGCCGGCAAUGGUAUGAAACAGUUUGAUGACAACUGUUUCACAGUUAGUUUGGUAGAUGUCAAUUAUUCAGUGAAAGCAUACUGGAGAUCCAAAUCGAAACAAAUUCUUCAUAACAUCUCUCUUCACUUCGAGCCAGGUCUGAAUGGGAUUCUGGGUCCCUCUGGGUGUGGAAAGACCACUAUUCUGGAUUUGAUGGCCUGUCAUAAACCCAUGCAGAAGAAACACCUCUCAGGACACAUUCUAGUGAAUGGAAACUCCAUCCCUCCCAACACCUUCAGAGCCAUAUCAGCAUACGUGCCACAGGACGACAAUCUGUCUGAGUUUUUGACUGUUCGUGAGAACUUGAUGUUCAGUGCCAAUAUGCGAAUGGUGGGCAAGAGUUCAGUGGAGAAGCUGGCUGCUGUGGACCGCAUGAUCGAACUACUCCACCUGGAGAGGUGUCACGACACUCUGGUGGGAAAUUUCCUGAUUCGUGGAAUUUCUACUGGUGAGAAGAAGCGAACUUGCAUUGCUAUGGAGCUCUUACUAGAGCCGCAGAUUCUACUUUUGGACGAACCGACCACCGGAUUGGACAGUUUUUCAGCCAAUGAGAUUGUGAAUUGCCUGACUAAAGUAGCCAAUGAGAAUGGACGGACUAUAAUCAUGUCUUUGCAUCAGCCGAGAUACUCUAUUUUCAAGAAGUUGGAUAAUUUGACCUUGUUGACUGUUGACGGUCGAUUAGCGUACCACGGACUGGCUAAGAAUGCUAAGAGUUACUUCGAACAACGAGACUACUUCUGCGAAGUGGCCGAGAACCCCUGCGACUUUUUCCUGGAUCUAGUCCAGAGCUACGCCCACGAGGCUGGGUCAGGAUCCACAGGCAGCAAUGAUCACGUGACUUUUUCCAGCUUGUGUCAGAGCAAUGACGUGCACCCCCAAAUGGUGGAGAAUAAAGUGGCAAAUGGGGGCAGUAAUAUGUCGGUUAAUUAUGACGACACGACUGCAGUGAUUACAGUGCCGAAUGGAACCCACAAAAUGACAAACCAGCUCUCCAAAUAUAACACAGACAAGAGUGGUUCCAAAUCGUCUUCACCAUCAGUUGGCAAGCACACUCUGGCCCGUCUGUUCCACUCCAGUGACGAGAUGGGGGAUAUGAGGAAGAGGAUUGAGAGCACUUUCCACUGCGAGAAGAUCGAAGCGAGCAGGAGCUACCAACCAUUCUCCACUCAGAUGAAGACUCUGUUCGCAAGAGACGUGAGACAACUUUACAGAAACCCAGAGUGUCUUUUUGGUCAGGUGAUUAUAGCGACCAUGUUGUCAGUGCUGUUCGGUGCCUUGUACUGGCAGAGUGAAUUGAGUCCUGACAGGGGCUUCCAGAACAGACACGGUCUCUUCUUCUUCCUCUCCCUCUCCCUCAUGAUGAUGAAUCUAGCACACAUCGAACUCUUCAUCAGUCAACAGAAACUAUUCUUUCACGAGUAUGCAAAUGGGUUCUUCUACAUGUUGCCCUACUUUCUGUCCAACACUCUGUUUGACCUGCUGACCUUGAGAGUGGUGCCGGCAGUCAUCAUGGGCGUCACCCUCACCUACAGCGUCGGUCUUCGGUCGGACGUGGACUCUAUGUUCUUCUUCCUGCUGAUGUUGAUUCUGUUGGCUGUGAGUGGAUGCGGAGUGGCCUAUCUUACCACCUCCAUACUCAAGACAUUCUACAUCUCACACAUCGCAGUCAUGCUCGUGUUCGUCGUCAUGAUGGUCUUCGCUGGUCUCAUCAUCAACUUGAAGACUCUACCUGAGUGGGUGGAGCUACUGAAGUAUGUCUCACUUGUCUACUAUGGAGUGUCCGGUCUUUCUGUGAACGAGUUUCUUGGCCUUGAGUUCUGUGGCCAGACAUCAAUCAACGCAGCCUGUCCUGGCAUGGAAAUGGCCCUCUCCCAAGCCACCAUAUCGGAUGAAAACGAAGGAGACUCCAUCUCACGUGCCAUCAUGAAGUUCUUGAGCACCCCAGAAACAGCCGAUAAAUUGUUCUCACAGCAGCUCGACAUAUGCGUUGAGGGCAAAGCUGGACUUGACAUUCAGGGAAUUGACUAUGAAAACGUGAACAAAUACUUCUACGCUCUUAUGGUAGCAGUUGGUGCUCUUAUAGCCUACACACUCACGUUCGUCAGGCUCUAUUUCUCAAACAGAAGAUGAUCAAAAAUGAACAAACUUUAAAUCGAGUUUCAAAUGCGAAAUGAAAAGUAACCUUAACCUUACCUGUCAACUAGCUGAGGCUAGAACUUUGCCAAAUAUUGACAUAUACUAAUUCCGACUUCCCCAUAUGAAGAAGCAUAAAAGUAUGCUCUCUAUGUCUCAGAUAAUAUCACCCUUUUAUAUUUUGUUAAUCCUUUCUGAGUUUAGUUCAAACUGGUGCUUAUCAGUGUGUUGUCAUAGUCAGGGCAUUUGUAUAGUAUAUUUUAGAUAUUUGACUUAAGUUAAUUUAAAUGAAGCUCCAUUUUU